AUGGGAGAAGAGCGAGAAUACGAUGGGUAUAACCCCAAGCGGCGCCGCUUGGAAGGCGCGCACUCGAACAGCCGAUUUCGUAAUGACUCCCGCGGCUCCACACCACGCGCCCAGUCUCGCUAUGCGCCCACGCCACCUCGCCAGCAGGAGGACCAGCAGCAACCGCCUGACGAAGAUUGGAAGGCGCUAGAUCGCGACUGGUACAUGCAGGAUGAGUUUGGCGGGCAUGCCUUUGGCGAUGAGACGCACAAUCCCUUCGCAUCGUACGAGACCUCGACCGCAGAGGCUCUGCAGCUCGAGUCUGCCCGAGCCGAAAAGAUGACCAGCCGAUACGAUGCGCGACAGGAACAACGGCGCAAGGAGAAUGACGCCUGGGAAACGAAUCGAAUGCUGGUAUCGGGCGUCGCGCAGCGCCGCGACAUGGCUUCGGACUUUGACGACCAAGAGGCGACUCGUGUGCACCUGCUUGUCCACGAGCUGCGGCCGCCGUUCCUGGACGGUCGCACCAUCUUUACCAAGCAGCUCGAUCCAGUGCCAGCUGUCCGCGACUACCAGAGCGACAUGGCUGUGUUCAGUCGAAAGGGCAGCAAGGCGGUCAAGGAGGCGAGACAGCAGCGCGAGCGACAGAAACAAGCUCAGCAGGCGACGAGCUUGGCUGGUACGGCGCUGGGAAACAUUAUGGGCGCCAAAGAAGAUGACGGGGACAGUGCUUUGCCUGCCCCAGUAGAGGCGGAUGCCCCGAGCAACGACCGCAAGGGCAACAAAUUUAGCUCACAUAUGAAAAAGGCUGAAGGCGCGAGUGAUUUCAGUCGAAGCAAGACGCUAAGAGAGCAACGUGAAUACUUGCCCGCUUUUGCGGUUCGAGAGGAGCUGUUGCGUGUCAUUCGCGAAAACCAAGUCACCAUUGUUAUCGGAGAGACGGGCUCGGGAAAGACGACACAGCUGACGCAGUUUCUGUACGAUGAUGGCUACGCCAAGACGGGCAUGAUUGCGUGCACACAACCUCGCCGUGUUGCAGCCAUGAGUGUUGCGAAGCGUGUGGCGGAGGAGAUGGAAGUUGAACUGGGAACCACUGUUGGGUACUCCAUUCGUUUCGAGGAUGUCACUAGCAAGGACACCGAAAUCAAGUACAUGACGGAGGGUAUCCUGCUGCAGCAUUCUCUAACCGAACCCGAUCUGGACCGCUAUUCAUGCAUCAUCAUGGACGAAGCUCACGAGCGUGCUCUCAAUACGGACAUUCUUUUUGGUCUAUUCAAGAAGAUUCUGUCGCGCCGGCGCGACUUGAAGCUCAUCGUCACAUCUGCUACCAUGAAUGCCAAACGCUUCUCUGAGUUCUUUGGCAAUGCGCCCGAGUUCACGAUUCCCGGACGCACAUUCCCCGUCGAUGUCAUGUUCCACCGCUCGCCAGUUGAGGACUACGUCGACCAGGCUGUGCAGCAGGUUCUCGCUAUUCACGUCUCCAUGGACCCCGGCGACAUCUUAGUCUUUAUGACUGGUCAGGAAGACAUUGAGAUUACUUGCGAACUGAUCCAGAGGCGAUUGGACGCUCUGAAUGACCCGCCCAAGCUAAGCAUUCUACCCAUUUACAGCCAGAUGCCUGCCGAUCUGCAGUCCAAAAUCUUCGACCGUGCUGAGGCUGGAGUGCGCAAAUGCGUCGUUGCAACCAAUAUUGCGGAAACAAGUUUGACCGUCGACGGCAUCAAGUACGUGGUGGACGCGGGCUACAGCAAAAUGAAGGUAUACAAUCCCAAGAUGGGCAUGGACACGUUGCAAAUCACCCCCAUCUCGCAAGCCAACGCGUCGCAACGAUCCGGUCGUGCUGGCCGUACCGGCCCGGGCAAGGCAUUCCGGCUCUUUACCGAAAAGGCGUUCAAGGAGGAGCUCUACAUGCAGACAAUUCCCGAAAUCCAGCGCACAAACCUCGCCAACACAGUGCUGAUGCUCAAGUCGCUCGGUGUCAAGGACCUGCUCGAGUUUGACUUUAUGGACCCUCCACCGCAGGACACCAUCUCCACCUCUAUGUUUGACCUCUGGGCGCUCGGCGCGCUCGACAACCUCGGCGAGCUGACAGAAAUCGGCCGCAAGAUGAGCGCGUAUCCGAUGGACCCGUCGCUGGCUAAGCUGCUCAUCAUGGCGGAGCAGUACGGCUGCAGCGAGGAGAUGAUUACCAUUGUUUCAAUGCUGUCGGUUCCCAACGUCUUUUACCGCCCCAAGGAGCGCCAAGACGAGGCCGACACGCAGCGCGAGAAGUUUUGGGUGCAUGAGUCGGACCACCUGACGUACCUACAGGUGUACCAGGCGUGGAAAUCCAACGGCUUUUCGGACGGCUGGUGCAUCAAGCACUUUCUGCACUCGAAGUCGCUGCGCCGCGCAAAAGAGAUUCGCGAGCAGCUGCUGGACAUUGCAAGGAUGCAAAAGAUGCAGCUGGUCAGCUGCGGCAUGGACUGGGACAUGAUCCGCAAGUGCAUCUGCUCCGGCUACUACCACCAGGCGGCCAAGUACAAGGGGUCCGGCGAGUACGUCAACCUGCGCACCAACUUGCCUGUGCAGCUGCACCCGACGUCGGCGCUGUACGCGGGCCACCCGCCCGACUAUGUCGUGUACCACGAGCUGGUGCUGACGUCGAAGGUGUACGUGUCGACGGUGACGGCGGUCGACCCGCACUGGCUGGCGGAUCUGGGCGGCGUGUUUUAUUCGGUCAAGGAAAAGGGUUAUUCGGCACGGGAGAAGAGAAUCACGGAGACGGAGUUUAAUCGUAAGAUGGAAAUUGAGACGAAAAUGGCGGACGACAAGCGCCGCGAGGAGGAGAGGCUCCAGGCAGAGGCGGAGCGCGCGAGCGCGACCAAGAAGAAGACGAGCAGCAUGGAUGGCAAGAAGUUUGUGACGCAGGGCGCGGUCAAGAAGCCAGUGGUGAAGCGGAGGGGACGAGGCUUCUAG